GUCUAAAAUACCCUCAUACAUGGGUAUAAAAGAACAAAGACAUCGCCUACUUCAACAUCUCAUCCUCCAUACUUGUAACCAAUCAAGGAUCUUUAUACAACAUUUUCCCAUUCUCAUCUUUAUUUCUAUAUCCCUAUCUUCUUCAUCCAAAUACUAUUUUAAUGGCAGGCCAAAGCACACACUAUGUGGCAUAUCCAAGAGCUGCCUCAAUAACAUGGAGUGAUGACACUCGAUACUGGAGUUGGGCCCCCAUGGAUUUUUGCGGCUACCCAAUUGAAGAAGCCCGACUUUUGCAAGUAUCUUGGCUCGAUUGUCGUUGGAGCAUGGAUUCAUCUAGUUUCAAACAAGAUCUUUGGUACAAUGCAAGCAUUGAAGUAAUGAUGGCAAACACCGCGUCUGGAUGGGAUAUUCCACUUAACCUUGAAAUCGAUAUGCCAGAUGGGAGUAAGCAAGAGUCUCAAAUAGUAUUGGCGGGCAAACAACCAAAUGUGUGGUUCAAGAUUCCAUUAGGUAAAUUCAUAAUAAGUGGUUCUGUGACUAGUGGGAGAAUUCGAUUUGGCUGCUACAACCAUGGAGGGCAUUGGAAAAGAGGGUUAAUCGUGAGAGCUCUUCUCAUUCAAGCAUAAAGAUGAGUUUCAAAUGAUAUGUUAAUAGAGUAAUACCAUAAAACACUAAAUAAUAAUACCUUUUUCUCUACUUGCAAAAACUUUAAGUUUAAACGGAUUCUAUUUUAGCUAUGGUAAAUGCUAAAUAUAAUGUAACACAACAUAAAAAUAAAUAAAUAAAUAAUAUGACCUUUUGCAUGGUAGCAAUAAGGUCAGUUUAAAAA